AUUAAGGAUGGAGGUGCAGAGUCAUGUAACGGGAAAGAUAUUAGACCUCACCCUGGAGAUCAUCUCCCUGCUGACCGGAGAGAGUUUUCCUCCUGGAAAGUCUUGUCGUCAGGUAACCAUCGCAGUCCCUCCCCCUCCCUCCCUGACAUCUAAAAGAAACAAGAAGAAGAUCCUAGAAGUCACCCAGAAGAUCAUUGAUUUGCUGACAGGAGAGGUUCCUAUAAGGUGUCAGGAUGUCACUGUCUAUUUCUCCAUGGAGGAGUGGGAGUAUCUAGAAGGACACAAGGACCUCUACAAGGAUGUCAUGAUGGAGGAUCAGCCGCCCCUCACAUCUCAAGAUGUAUCCAGUCAUGGGAACCCACCAGAGAGAUGUCCCCGUCCUCUGUAUUCCCGGGACUCCACACAGGAAGGUCACACCAUCCCUCACCACCAUCGGGUUGAUGGAUCCAGUAAUGGGAACCCACCAGAGAGAUGUCCCCGUCCUCUGUAUUCCUGGGAUUCCACACAGGAUCGUCAGGAGAUCAUAAGGAGCUAUCAGGUACAUUGAGUUGCAGAUUCUGAAAAUAGAAUUGAUUCUGUGUUACAGACAUGUUUUGAGUACAUUUCGAUCUUGACUUGCAAUUCAGAUGCGGUUGAAGAGGAAUAAAUGCUGGAUCCAACAGCAGAAACACACCAGAGAGAUGUCCCAGUCCUAUUUUGUCUCGGGACUCCACGCUGGAAGAUCAGACCACCUCAGAUGAGCAUCAAGUAGCUGGAUCCAACAACAGAAACACACCAGAGAGAUGUCCCAGUCCUAUUUCUUCUCAGGACUCCAUGCUAGAAGAUCAGACCACCUCAGAUGAGUAUCAGGAUGAAAAUCUGAUUACUGUCAAAGUUGAAGUCAAAGAUGAAGAAGGUGAAGAGACCGCAAAGGGAGACAAGCCAUGUAAGGAGGAGGAGAUUCCUCCAGAGAUUAUUCCAGGCCAACACACCAAAAGUAACCUGGCAGAAUGUUCAAUUGUCUCUUCUGAUGGUGAUAUGAAAGAUGAUGACAUCACAGCGGUUGCUCUGGGAGAAAUCACCCCUAAUGUGCAGCCGGUACGUGAUAGAAGUGAAGAAUUCUAUGUUUAUUGA